AUGACUGAGUCUAAUAAAGUUGGUGACCCCUUCGAAGCGGAUACUUAUCAAGGACCACAGGUUUCUAAGGCGCAAUUUGAUAGAAUUAUGAAUUAUAUUGAAUGUGGAAAGAAAGAAGGGGCUACAUUACUUAUGGGCGGUGAGAGGCAUGGUAACGAAGGAUACUUUAUUAAACCAACCGUUUUUACAAACACUAAUGAAAAUAUGACCAUAAUGCAAGAUGAAAUUUUCGGCCCGGUAGUAGCGAUUUCCAAGUUUUCGACCGUGGAAGAAGUGAUUGAAAAAGCACAUUUAACAAAAUACGGAUUGGCGGCAGCUGUCUUUACCAAGGAUAUCACUAAAGCUAUUAAAUUAUCCAAUGAAUUAAGAGCUGGAACCGUUUGGGAUUGUGAACCUUUUGAAGGAUAUAAAGAAUCUGGUAUGGGACGGGAUCUUUCAAAAUAUGCUUUAGAUCAGUAUACUCAAGUCAAGACUGUUCAAAUUAAUUUGGAUGUUG